CUUCUGUGCGAUACUUUUCCAUCGUUCAGCUUUCCCUGCUCGCACUGAUCAACCCCCUACCAACCUGUCAAGAGUGAAACCUCUUGAAAUUCUCGUAAUCUCUCGAAUGAAGCUUCUGUAAACUCGAACAAGACGAGAUAAUGAAGAGAAAUCAGCACAGCUAUCCCACUCCUCCUACCACACCAUCCGACGGCUCUGUCAAACCAUGCUUUCAAUACAAACGAAAUAACAGUUGCAAAUAUGGAACACGGUGCAAGUUUUCGCAUGACACUGGAAGAGCACAAGCAAGCCAUUCCAGUGUUCCGACGAAGUCAUUUGGAAACAAGCGCAACAACCCUCCAGAGGGAAAGCUGGGGAGAUGGAAGCAGUUGCGACAAAGAGGAGAUGAAUCUGCUCGGCCAUCUCUCCAGAUAGUCGGUCAGUUUUUCGGCCUAGCACUCGAACUCAUGGAUGGAGAUGUCGGCGCUGCCCAAGAGGCAAUCAGGCUUCUUGCUGAUGAAAUUGGCCUGUCCUUCAUCAAGGAUGUGAUAGACAGGCACAUCUCCAUGACAAGUCGUUUUACAGCAGGAUGUCAACUAUGGGAGACAGAAAUCAAGCCACUUUUUCAACUGGUGACGCAUGCCCGCGUCGUUGAUUCUGCCGUGCUGGAGCAAGAAUGUGCGACCAUCUAUAAUUUCAUGGUUGGAGUGGGAGGAUCCAGGAUGAGCAGACUCUUUCACUACAUCGAUUCGCUGCUUCAAUCAUGGCCGCCUACCUCAACACACAUGUCCCUUAUAGAGGCAGCUGGUCUAUCUCUUGCAGUAUUGGCUAAGAUGCUAGACUGCAACACCAUUAAUAUCAUCAAAGAUGAUUUCUCAACAUUUGCAAAUAGCUUGUCUCGCCCUUUGGAAGAAUCACUGGAGCCAGAAGAGACGUCUGUUCGCCUUCAGGCUAGCAAACACCUUUACUAUAUCCGCCAACGUCUUGAAAUCGGGAAUCAUAUAUCAAGCUUGGAAGUUCAGAGCCACAGUGCCGUCACUCGGGAAACAUUUAUUUUAGCUCGAGAUCUCCCUGGCAAUCUCUCAGAUGGAGGGCCGCGGCAUGACAACGAUGACGCAGAUAUCGUUAACAUAAAGAUCUUGCCGACAUAUAAAGAGAUUAUGUCGCCACGAGAAGAAUAUUUGCCAGUAAACGAUUGUUCUCAAUGGCAUAUUCCUGGCAUUAGCGGACGUCUGGACAGAGAAUUUCGUUUGCUACGAGAAGACACAGUUGGCCAGCUACGUGAUGCGAUUCGUGGCGCUUUUGCACGCAUUCGUAGUUCCAAGAACCAGGCCGGUCAUAGAACAAGCAAUAACGCCUUACGCACAUACACAUAUGAUUCUGCUACGCUUGUCAAUAUUCAAUUCGAAAAAAAAACUGGCCUGGAAUUGGUUGUCCGCUGUGAUCAACCUCCACCUGUCCCAACGCUGAAUCCUAAACAGAGGAAAGACUGGUGGGAAAGAUCAAAACGCCUACAAGUCGGAGCCCUAGUUUGUGUCAUUGAUGGAACUGAAUCGGUCAUGUUUUGUACCGUGUCUGAAUCGACCUUGAGGAAUCAAAGUGAUCAAAAGAUUCGAACGGAGAAGAAAGCAGCAGCUGAUGCUUCUACAGCGUCUAAAUUGACGCUUUCUGACGACGGAAACUAUUUGCACGUAACUCUGCAGCUUAUUGACGCCACACGAGAUGAUGUAGCUCAAGCUCUUCACUGGUUCAAGAGGAGAGGCCCGGCGCGCUAUAGAUAUCUUGUAGAGUUUCCUGGUAUUCUCUUAGCAUCAUUUAAGCAUACUCUUGAUGCUCUCAAGGAAAUGCGGCAGAAGCCAUAUAUGCCCUUUGUUGACCUCUUGGCGCCAUCGGAUACCAAAACUACAGAAACCAGUAUUCAGCCGCCGCAGUAUGCCAGGGCAGCUGGUUUCGCGUUCGACCUUAGGUGCCUCACUCAUGAUGAUACCGAGCUUCUUGUUUCGCCUCAGCAUCUUCCGGAUCCAAAAACGGUUGAAUCACGGACCUCUCUUGAUAUUACACAAUCUUCUGCCCUCCUGAAUACCCUAUCUCAAGAAUUGUCGCUCAUUCAAGGCCCUCCAGGUACCGGUAAAAGCUUCACAGGAGAAAAUAUCAUAAAACUUUUGUUGGCAAACAAGAACAAAUGCACUCUCGGGCCGAUACUAUGCGUUUGCUACACCAAUCAUGCCUUGGACCAGCUUCUUGAACAUCUUCUUGAUGAUGGCAUUGGAAACAUCAUUCGUAUAGGAUCUCGAUCAAAAUCAGAGAGACUACAAGCUUUGAAUUUGCGAGUUGUCUCCCAGCAAGGCGACCGCACAAAGGCAGAAAAGAGAAACCUUUAUAUUAUGGGGCAGGAGCUCGAUGUUUUAGCUGCCGGCAUCGAAGAUUCGCUUCGUGUAUUGUCGACUUCCAAUUCGCCAAAUACCCUCAAGAAGUAUCUUGCCAAAGCCUUUCCCGCACACCAUACCACGCUAUUUGGUUUCGACGAAGACGGAUGGGAGAAAGUCGAUAAGCCUCAAACUAUCAUACGAAAGUGGCUGGAAGGGGGCUCCCGUGACAAUAUUCAUUGUCGAGAUCUUGAGAUCUUAAGGGAAGCUGAGUUGUUUACUAUGUCUAAUGCUGAGCGCCGAGAGUUACAUCAAUAUUGGGUGAAGAACAGCGUAGCUUCAUUUGUUCGCGCCACUACGCUACUGCAGGAAAAACAUACCAAACUGAUAGAGCGCCGUAGCCGCGUGCGCAGCGAUGUGGAUCUGCGUUGCCUUAACCAAGCCAAUAUCAUUGGAGUCACAACGACCGGUUUGGCAAAGAAUCUUCAUCUUCUCCGGAAAUUACGAAGCAAGGUCAUGCUUUGCGAAGAGGCCGGUGAAGUCCUGGAGGCUCACGUUCUAACGGCCCUACUCCCUUCAAUCGAGCACGCCAUCUUAAUUGGCGACCACCUUCAGCUUCGCCCACAGAUCCAAAACUAUGAGCUACAGAGCACAAAUCCCCGUGGAAAGCAGUAUUCUCUAGACACUUCAUUAUUUGAAAGACUUGUUGAGCCUCCCCAUUUGACGGAUUUACGUUUGCCCUAUAGUACACUAGAGACACAAAGACGGAUGCACCCAUCGAUAUCUGAGCUGAUUCGAUCCACCUUGUAUCCAUCUCUUCAAGAUGGUGAGAAUGUUAAGAAAUAUCCAGCAGUGGUAGGUAUGAAAGAGAGGCUAUUUUGGCUUCACCACGAUCAGCUAGAAGCUGGCGCGGCUAGUCAUGACCCCCUGAAUACCUCACACUCUAAUGAUUUUGAGGUGGAUAUGACUGUGUCUCUCCUGUCUCAUCUCGUUAGGCAGGGUAUAUACGCAAGGGAAGAUAUCGCGGUCAUUACACCGUACUUGGGGCAACUACACAAGCUACGGCGUCGAAUGGAAUCCAUGUUCGAGAUCUGCCUCAACGAUCGUGACCUCGCAGAGUUGGAGGAUUUUGAAGAUAGAGAUCAGAUUGUGUCCGCAGCCAUAAAAAAUCAGCCUGCCAAAUCUACCCUUCUGAAGAGUGUUAGAGUGGCGACAGUUGACAACUUUCAGGGCGAAGAAGCCAAAGUUAUCAUCAUCUCUCUUGUUCGGAGCAAUCUGCAAAAGAAAUGUGGAUUUCUAAGCACUUCCAACAGAAUCAAUGUCCUGUUAUCGCGCGCGAAACACGGCAUGUACAUCAUUGGCAACUCUAACACGUACUAUAACGUUCCCAUGUGGGAGGAGGUUAUCAACAAGCUCCGUGCCAGUGGCUGUAUUGGCAAUAGCCUGGAGCUUCAGUGUAGCCGACAUCCUGACACGCCAAUCCAGGUUUCGCAGCCAGACCAUUUUGUCAUCUUCUCUCCUGAGAGCGGAUGCAACCUGUCAUGUGAUAAGAGACUUCACUGCGGCCAUUCAUGUACUGGAAGAUGCCAUUCUGAUGUUCUUCACAAUGCAGUCAAAUGUCUCGAGCCGUGCCCAAGGCCACAAAAAGGUUGCAGCCACCCUUGUCCUCGAGCAUGUGCCGAUGCGUGUCUAGACAGAUGCUACUUCCAACUCGAUAACAUCAACCUUGCUCUUCCGUGUGGCCACAGGCUCUCUUCGGCAAAGUGUUGGGAAGAACAAAGCCCGGCCUCUGUUCGAUGCAGGGUCCUCGUCAGACGAACCGUGCCGGGAUGCAAUCAUGAGGUCGAGGUUCCGUGCCAUGAAGAUGUCACUUCUGCCAAAUACCGUUGCACUGCUUGGUGUGGCUAUCACCGCGAGUGUGGCCAUGCGUGCAAUAGUCUCUGCUACAACUGUAAUACUCGAGAAAAUGGUAAGAUUACGGAGCAAAACCACGGUAUUUGCCAACAGAAGUGUGGUCGUGGCUAUUCGACAUGCCGCCACGGCUGUUCUAAACCUUGCCACGGCGACGACAAGUGCCCCCCCUGCCAGCAGCCAUGUGAAGUGCGUUGCGGUCAUUCAAAAUGCAACAAGGCAUGCAACGAGCCUUGUGCACCUUGCGCAGAGAGUACAUGCCACUCGAGCUGUCCUCAUACAAGUUGCACCAUGCCGUGUGCUGCGCCAUGCGAUUGGGUCCCAUGUUCCAAGCGGUGCGAGAAAAUGCUGGGAUGCGGCCAUCAAUGCCCUUCUCUCUGUGGAGAGACUUGUCCCAAUGAACGCUUUUGCCAACAAUGCGCUACUGAAGAUAUCAAAUCUUUAUGCGUUGACUUUCUCGAGAUGAAGGAAUACCACGAAAUUGAUUUAGACGAAGAACCCUGUAUUUUCCCGGACUGUGGGCAUUUUUUAACUACUUCGUCUAUGGACGGCCAGAUGGGCAUGACGGCGUACUACGAUACGGAUAUUGAUGGCCAUCCGACACAGCUUGGCAAAGCGUCAGAACCUUUUUCGCUGGACGACUCAGGCAUUCCAGUUUGUGCGACUUGUCGAGGCUCACUCCGAAAUAUCGCCAGAUACGGCCGUAUUGUACGGCGAGCCAUGCUCGAUGAGUCAACCAAAAAAUUCAUAGAGUGGUCUCACGAAAAAUAUCUCUCGCUAGCAAAUCAGUUGCUGAAGGAGCAGGAAAGACUUGGGCAGCAGCAGAAGAUCAAGGCAGCCUCAUCAACGGUGAAAGGGGGCAAACUAACCCACUGUGCCCCGAGACUCAAACAACUUCGAGAGUUGCAAAAGAUUGCGGACGACGAUCGUUACGAUUCUAUCAUUACCUUAUGGAGGAACAUUGGGUCAUAUGCAAGUGAUGUCAGACAAGAAGAGCAGCCGUUUCAGCGAGUAGCUAAUUUGGUACUAUUCGCCAAUCGCCAAAACAAGACACGUGGAGAAUUUCGAUUUGAUGACUCUAUUAACCAAAUGAAAGGAUCCCUUCUUGCAGAUACGCUCUUGCUCAAGUGCGAUCUUGCCAUUCUCUUUGACUUUCGUCACCUGGCUAAAGAUAAAGCCCUGGAGCUGGCAGACUUCAAGCUGGAUUUAUCAGGCCAUUGGUCUGAUUCUCUUCAUCUCAUUGAGUUGUCUCAUAAAUAUGUAUAUUCGAGAGAGGAGGUUCAGGGGCAUAUUUUCGCCGUACAACUCUGCGUACUAUGCUCAUCAUUUGGCCGUAUUACUACCAUGUGGGCUGAUCAUAAGCAGAGCAUUGAAAAUUUGAAGGAAGAGGCGCUAGAUCAUAUUCAAAAAGCCCGUUUAUUGAUGGACAAGUAUCCAUCUACGGAAAUAUUCAAAGAUGAAGUUGAACGGCUUGAGAUCAUGGUCAACGGUGGAAUCUAUCGCCCUGUCACGGCGGAGGAAAUGCAAGCCGUGUACAAAGCGAUGUCGAGGGAAUUAAUGGGAACAGGGCACUGGUAUACAUGUGAGAAUAAUCAUCCAUUUACGAUUGGCGAAUGUGGAAUGCCUAUGGAAGAAGCGAGAUGUCCAGAAUGCGGAGCUAGAAUAGGAGGCCGGAACCACCAGGCUGUAGAAGGGAUGAGGCAUGCAGCUGAGAUUGAGAAUAUUGCACGGGGUAUGAAUGAACUGGGAAUGUAGGCAAAUGCGUUGAUCGACGACCUGUUUUAUUGUAUUUUGCCAUAUUGCAUUGUUAUUUGUUUCUUUAGUUUUUAUUUAUUUCAACGAAUUGAUGAUAGUUUGAGUUAGGACUGAAAU